GCAGUGCGUGCGACACGGUCACGAGUCUCAGCGGCAACUCCCCGUAGUCGAACCACUCUCUCUUUUGAGAAAACACUCGACCAUGUCCACUUCACCUCCUAUAUUCACUGCUACUUCUUUCUUCUCUCUCCUUGGUGUACUGACUAUCGGUUUCAUUGCUCAUUUUGGCUCCAAAAUCUUCCUACCGAAAAAUGCAUCUGCCAUGAAUCGAUUCACAUUUGUAUGGCUGGCUUUUGAUGCCAUGAUUCAUUUCGUCUUCGAAGGAUCCUUCCUUUGGCUGUCGGUCUUCGGUCGCUCCGUCAACGCGAGCGCUGGCCCAUUCGCCGAGAUGUGGCGCGAAUACGCUGCUGCAGAUUACCGCUGGGGAACAGCAGACGCAACAGUGGUAUCCCUAGAGCUGCUGACGGUUCUCGGGGCAGGACCCAUGUGCUGCUACAUCCUCAAACAACUGGUCAGUGAUGAUCCCGCCCGGCAUUACUGGAUCAUCGUUCUUUCCACCGCGGAACUGUAUGGCGGAUGGAUGACCUUUUGCCCCGAAUGGCUUACAGGAUCCCCCAACCUGAACACUUCAAAUGUCCUCUAUCUCUGGGUUUACUUAGUCCUCAUGAAUAUCAUUUGGGUCGCCAUCCCCUUGGCUCUCAUGGUGGAUUCAUACAAGCAUGUGGCGGGGUCAUUGCGGGCGACCCAUAAAGCCGCCAUAUACUCGAAGCGGCAGUAAACACAACCUGAUGCAUUGCAGCCGAGCGAUUAGGUCAAGUAGUAGUACAGUACAUGCAAAAAUGCGAGUCCGGACAAAGCGAAUGGAUGGCUGAGUGUCAUAGGUCAAGACGUGGACGGGAAGGUGGGGAGGUGGAGCACGAAUCGCGAGUGGAGUAAAUCAUGCGCGGAUCUUGAAUUGCGG